AUGACUUGGCCUCUGCCGAGACACACGGCGAAAUUGGCUUCUUGUGGAUCUCGCAAAAACGCGGACAUCCGAAUUUCCAUUCGCGGUCACCGCCAGACGAGAGAGAAAAAGAGAGACACGCUUCGGCAUGUGGAGAAAGAAGACUCGACGAUACUCUUGUACAGAAAUGUCGACGGUUCCAAAGACAGCAUACCCGACGGAAGCUUGCGCUACCCUGUUCGAAAUGAUCGCGACACCAGCAUCGCAGACAAGCCUACGAGCCCUUUCCAAUCGUGUGAACCAGAUUGUCGCCACCUCAUCGCAAUGGAAUGCUUUGACCACCCAAAAACCACCAUCUCGACUACGCUCAUUGAUCAAUCAACAGCAUCUGCAUCAUCUGCAUCACCGGAAGAUGGGAACGCGACGCUGAAUUGUGGCUAUGGGCUUUUUCGCUGCCGAUUCGCCAUCUCGAAAGCACAAUUCUUGCCAACAACCGUCAUAUCGAAUGCACCUCCUUUGUCGCCUCCACACGAAAGCCAUUCGCCCUUGACCACGGAUCCGGCACGAUCGUCCUCGCCGCCGACCUUCCUUCCUCUCCUUUACCCAACGCUUCUCAGCAUGGACAUCAUCCCUUAUUUCUUCACAUACCGACCAGCCCAGAUCGACAAGAGGCUCUCACGUUUCCGCACAAGGGCCUUUAAGCAAUGA